CAGACUUCACUUUAAUUGACGAAAGAAAUCUCAGUGAUGAGUAUUCAGUACAUGAACAGUGAAGCCGAUGAUUCCUUCCAACGAACGAGUACUUUUUGAAGAUCUUCAAUCUUUCGGAAGAAUUUAGAGAUGAUGUUUAUCUCUCUAACUUUUGAUUAUUUGCCGUAGUCUCCACGGCAUUCCAUCUCUAGUUUGGUCAUUAUUUUGUCUUAUAUGCAUAGGAAAAGUGUUUCCGGUUGAUAAUAGCUGCUUGUUUGUAUUUGCUUCGAUCUAGUACCAGAUCUGGACGAUAUUACGGGGCCAUGAAAAAGCUCAAGUGGGUAUUGCUGAAGGAACUGUUUGUUUUAUGUUACUUGCUGCAUAUAGCUGCUUCUGAUUUGCCUGUCAAACUUUUGGAAGCUAACUUGGAAUCUCCAACAACAACACUUUUAACUUACUCUGCAUCUACUGAUGUGCACCUCUCACCUAAACGUCUUUUGUUUCAUAAACCACGCCUGAGAAGUUAUUCUCCUGAAGCUGCACCAAGUACUGUUAUAACACCAUCUCAGCCUCCAAAUUAUGGCCCAUUUGUAACUUCUGGCCAUCCUCCUUCAAGCUCUCGCUUGUCAAAGCCGUCAAUGAAGAAGAGUGCUUUGAUGCCUCCUACUCACAGUACUGGUAUCACGCUGCCUGGCGUGGCAGAUAUUUCCCCAUCACAAUCCAAUCUGUCCACUUCUAUUCCUGCUGGUUUGGCUCAGCCACCGCUGACUCCUCACACAGACUGUUGCGGCCCAGACAUGGUGCUGAAAAGGGGAAGUCAAGACUGCCAUUGUGUAUAUCCAAUUAAGAUAGAUCUUCUCCUUUUGAACGUCUCAUCCAAUCCAAACUGGAAUAUUUUUCUUCAAGAAUUUGCUUCUAAACUUGGUUUGCGGGUUUCUCAGAUUGAGUUGAUCAAUUUUUAUGUGAUCAGUUUAUCAGCGCUUAAUAUUUCAAUGGAUGUUACACCACAUACUGGAAUCAGUUUCUCUUCCAGUGGAGCAUCUGCAAUAAAUUCAUCGCUCUCUAUACACAAGAUCCAUCUAGAUCCUGCAUUAGUUGGUGAAUACAAACUUCUAAACCUAACCUGGUUUAAGCCUCCUGCUCUGUCCAAUGCUCCUUUUUCUGCCUCAAAAACACCAGAACGAGCACCUUCACUCUUACCUUCAACUCCUAGGCCAAUUGUUACUUCCAACAAAGGGAAACAUCAAAAUCUGAUUCUUUUUGUUUUAGUUAGUGCUGGAGUCAUGAUUAUGGUCCUUGCUUCUAUCAUCACUAUGUGUUCAUGCAUCUCUCAUCGACAAAAUCAUAAAGGAUCUACCAAGGAGACUGGUGCAAGCAAAAAUGAAAUACAAGAAAUCAAGCUGCACAUUGUAGAUGCAGUUCCAGCCACGGGAUCUAUUCGACAUCCUGCCAGCACAAGGUUUCUUGCUUACGAGGAACUUAAAGAAGCGACGAAUAACUUUGACUCUGCUUGCAUACUUGGGGAGGGUGGUUUUGGUAAAGUUUUCAAGGGUGUUUUAAGUGAUGGUACAGCUGUAGCAAUAAAAAGACUUAGUUGUGGAGGCCAACAAGGUGAUAAAGAAUUCUUGGUUGAGAUAGAUUUGCUUAGUCGUUUACAUCACCGCAACCUUGUCAAACUUGUGGGAUAUUAUAGCAGUCGCGACUCUUCACAAAACCUUCUUUGCUAUGAGCUUGUUUCUAAUGGAAACUUGGAGGCUUGGCUUCAUGGUCCACUGGGAAUGAAUUCCCCACUAGAUUGGGAUACUAGAAUGAAGAUUGCUCUUGAUGCUGCUAGAGGACUUGCCUACCUGCAUGAGGACUCCCAACCAUGUGUUAUCCACAGAGAUUUCAAGGCAUCCAAUAUAUUGAUUGAGAACGAUUUCCAUGCUAAAGUAGCUGAUUUUGGCCUUGCUAAACAAGGCCCUGAAGGGAGGGAAAAUUACCUGUCUACUCGAGUUAUGGGAACAUUUGGGUAUGUAGCUCCAGAAUAUGCCAUGACCGGGCAUCUGCUUGUGAAAAGCGAUGUCUAUAGUUAUGGAGUUGUCUUGUUGGAGUUGCUGACUGGAAGGAAGCCAGUAGAAAUGUCUCAACCAUCUGGGCAGGAGAAUCUUGUGGCAUGGGCAAGGCCAAUAAUGAGGGACAAAGAUAGGGUGGAGGAACUUGCAGACGAAAGAUUGGAAGGGAAGUAUCCGAAGGAAGACUUAAUGAGGGCUUGUACAAUAGCUGCAGCUUGUGUAGCCUCGGAAGCAAGCCAACGACCUACAAUGGGAGAAGUAGUGCAGUCCCUAAAGAUGGUUCAACGUUUCACCGAAUACCAAGAAUCUUCUAUUGUGACAAAUUCCAGACCUAACAACAACAACAACAACAAGCAGUCAUCUACUACUUUUGAGUCUGAUGGAACAUCUUCCGUAUUUUCAUCUGGUCCUUACUCAGUUCUUAGUGCCUUUGACAAUGAUAAUCUCUCCCGACCUGCACUAUUUUCUGAAGAUCUUCAUGAAGGACGGUGACAAAUUCUUCAUGGAUAUUUAUUACAGAAUCGGUUGGUUCUCUGUUCAUUUUACAGUUCUCUGCAGUGGAGGAAAUUAAUGUACAUAUUUGGGUUAGGUUUAUUAUGUACUUGGACUGUUUUUAAAGGGUUUUUCAAUGAGCAUUUUCACUUUUACC